AUGCCUCUGCUCUCCAUCUUUCGAAGCUUUGUGAACACGUCGUCUGGAUUGGUUGAUUCCCAAGCUCGCACUGUUUGGGAAUCAGUUAUUCGCGAAAGCGCGAUUUACGCCAUCUCCGUCCUACGUGAAGCGUUAUUUAACAAGGCUGGAGCCUUGUUUGAACACGUGUUGAUCCCGCUCCGACCACUGGACAAAUCGCCGUAA